CUCUCUCUCUCUCUCUCUCUCUCUCUCUCUCAAGAUACAAAGCUUGCUUGGCAGCAAUGGCCGCAGGUGGUGCUUCUCUUCUUGCUGCUGCUGUUGUUAUUGUUUUCUCCAUGCUGAUCACGUCCUCCCUGGGGGGCCCGAGGCCUUUAUGCAGCGACUGCGAGACUCAAUGCCGUACCAGCUGUGAGGCAGAGGCUAAAACACGCUGCAGUGGUUACUGCAGCCGUGGUGGCGGAGCUCGAGGGGGCUGCACGAAAUACGUCCUUGAUGAGUGCAACGUAAAGGGUACCUGCUGCAGUAGCAACGGCACAUGCACUUGCGACUGCAACGCUGUGGCUGAAAGGGGUUGCAUGCACUUCAGCGACGGCACCCUACAAUGUGGACCUUGCACGCGCAGCAUAUUCGACCAGUGCUAUCCCACCUGCAAAAAGGACUGCAACAACAACUGCAAGAAGAAAGGGUGCCGCCAUGCCUAGCUAGGAAUAACAUGCAUGUAGUCGGUCAGCUGCCUUGCAUAUAUAGCAAAUAACAUGGCUCGUUGUAGUCGUGCGUAGACUUUCGUAACCGCCAUGACCUCGUUCUGUGGGAUGGCAUAGAAGGAAUUAAUGGGUCGUGGCGCAUCACCUCCGGCGUUUUAGCUGUGGAUUUGCAUUCUGUUUAUCUAUACUGAAUAAUAACAUGAAAAAG